UAUAGAUAGAGAGAUCAAUCAUAAGAGAGGUGGGACUGAGAGGAGUAAGGGAAUUAGCUAGGUUGAAUAUAUAACUUGGUAAGAAGAUAUACAGCAAGUAAAGAGAUGGCGGGUGAGGCGGCUGAUCAGAAAGAAAAAGUAUGCGUGACUGGAGCUGGAGGAUUUACUGCCUCUUGGGUCGUCAACCUCCUUCUCUCCAGGGACUAUGUUGUUCAUGGAACUGUCAGGCAACCAGGAGACAUCAAGUAUGCUCACUUGAACAAGCUUGAGAAAGCAUCAGUGAACCUCAAACUGUUCAAGGCAGAUUUGUUGGACUACGACUCUCUUCGUUUGGCCAUUGAAGGUUGCAGCGGAGUCUUCCAUGUUGCCAGCCCUGUACCCAAUUCUCUUAAUGAUUCAGACCCUGAGGAGUUUCUUGAACCAGCAAUAAAGGGAACGCUGAAUGUACUCAAGGCUUGCAAAAAGGCCAAAGUGAAGAGAGUUGUAGUUGUGUCGUCCAUAGCCGCCGUCGUUAUGAACCCGGAGUGGCCUAAGGAUCAAGUCAAGGACGAGACUUGUUGGUCCGUUCCCGAAUAUAUAAAAACAACCAAGAAAUGGUACUAUCUUUCGAAAACAGAAGCAGAACGCGAGGCACUGGAGUUUGGAAAAAGAAAUGGACUUGAGGUUGUGACUGUUUGUCCUUCUAUCAUUUUGGGGCCAAUUUUGCAAUCCACUCUCAAUUCCAGUAGCUCUCUCAUUGUUGCGACUAUAAUUGGUGGUCUUGAGUCCUUGGGAUGCAAUUACUGGACGUUCGUGGAUGUUCGUGAUUUAGCUGACGCGCUGCUUCUUGCAUACAACAAGCCUGAGGCUGCAGGAGAAAGAUACUUAUGCAAUUCACACUCAAUUGGCAUACGAGAUGUGGUGGAGAAAUACUUAAGGCCUACAUAUCCCUACUACAAGUACCCCAAGAACCUUACCUAUGCAGAGGAAGAAGUUCAACACCUUAGUUCCGAAAAAUUGCAGAAGUUGGGUUGGACUUUCCGGCCAGUUGAGGAAACGCUUAAUGAUUCUAUUGAAAGCUACCGGAAGGCUGGAAUCGUGGGUUAGGAAAAGUUGACAGACUAUUGUAUGUGUACUGUAUUUUACUCCCUAGCUAGCUAACUAGCUACUCUUAGACUUUUAGUAUUCAGCCUGCUUUGCACAAUCACAAACAAAAUAAUAGUUCUGCUUAGUAAGUAUGAAAAGCAGCAGUGUUUGCUACUGGCUACGCUUAUGCUUCAUAUAGGUAGAAAGUUACGUUAUGCUCUCGUCUUGAUUCCUACCCUAUAUGUUUGGGCCGUUUUAAAUUCCGUCCGGAUCUAACACCUGCGAGCCUUGCACGAUGGGGGGUUUUCGGCUCAAGUGUGAAUUAGGCUUAUUUCUAGCUAAAUCUCUAUAGUAUUUAAUUUUAAUCUUA